AUGACUUCAGCUCAGCGUUUGAGAGAGUUAAUCAACGAGCGACUAACUGCUGCUGCUGAAGAAAUAUUCCGAGAUUUUCAAACAACUAUCUCAGAGUACGAAGAAGAGAUCAACCGUCAGCGCAGACUGCUGGAUAUCGUUUGGAAACCUGAAAUAAAGUUACACAGAACAGAGCUCCCACAUCAACAUGUCUGUAAGGAGGAGGAGGUUCUCACUGACCAGCAGCUCUGUGACCAGGAGAGGAACUCAAGUCUGGACCAAGAGGAACCAGAGCCUCCACAGAUUAAAGAGGAACUCUGCACCAGUCUGGAGAUAGAACCGCUGCUACUGAAGCCGGAGACAGAAACCUUGAUGUGGACUCCUACUUGUGAGGAAAGUAAAGAUCAGACUCUGGACUUGAGUCCUGAUGAAACUCAGAUUGUGGUAGAGAAAGAGCAUGUUGUCAGCAUGUCAGUUAAAAGCUCUGUGGGUCCAGACCCAAACGAUUAUGACCAGGUCCUCUCUCACAUAUCUCACAUAGCUGAGAACCAAGAUCACAAAGGAGGUCAACACGAAGACUCAGGAUCAACUAGAAAUGCAGAACCAAAACCACAGAAGAGACAUCACAGUAGAGAAAAUAACAACACUGAAGACAAGUCUACCACUUUAAAGAUACAGAGUAAUACAGAGAAACAGUGUUUUAAAUGUGACACUUGUGGGAAAUCAUUUAAGGCAAGGUCCACUUUGCGCAGACAUCUGAGAGUCCAUACAGAUGAGAAGCCACAUACAUGUGACACUUGUGGGAAAAAAUUCUCUAAGCUGGGCACAUUAAAAGUGCACAUGAGAGUCCAUACAGGUGAGAAGCCGUACCCAUGUGACAAUUGUGAGAAGAGAUUCUCUGAGCUGGGCAAAUUAAAAGUUCACAUGAGAGUCCAUACAGGUGAGAAGCCGUACCAAUGUAACAAUUGUGAGAAGAGAUUCUCUGAGCUGGGCAAAUUAAAAGUGCACAUUAGAAUCCAUACAGGUGAGAAGCCAUACAAUUGCAAAACUUGUGGGGAAAAGUUCAGAUAUGCUUCUACCUUGGUGAGUCACAUGAGAGUCCAUACAGGUGAGGAGCCAUAUACAUGUGACACUUGUGGGAAAAAAUUCUCUACGCUGACCAACUUAAAAGUUCACAAGAUAAUCCACACAGGUGAGAAGCCAUAUAGAUGUGACACUUGUGGGAAAAAAUUCUCUACGCUGGGCACAUUAAAAGUACAUCUCAAAGUCCACACAGGUGAGAAGCCACAUACAUGUGACACUUGUGGGAAAUCAUUUAAGGUAAGGUCCAAUUUGCGCAGACAUCUCAAAGUCCACACAGGUGAGAAGCCACAUACAUGUGACACUUGUGGGAAAAAAUUCUCUGAGCUGGGCAAAUUAAAAGUUCACAUGAGAGUCCACACAGGUGAGAAACCGUAUCCAUGUAACACUUGUGAGAAAAGAUUCUCUCGGCUGUUCUUAUUAAAAGUGCACAUGAGAGUCCAUACAGGUGAGAAGCCACAUACAUGUGACACUUGUGGGAAAAAAUUCUCUAAGCUGGGCACAUUAAAAGUGCACAUGAGAGUCCAUACAGGUGAGAAGCCGUACCCAUGUGACAAUUGUGAGAAGAGAUUCUCUGAGCUGGGCAAAUUAAAAGUUCACAUGAGAGUCCAUACAGGUGAGAAGCCGUACCAAUGUAACAAUUGUGAGAAGAGAUUCUCUGAGCUGGGCAAAUUAAAAGUGCACAUUAGAAUCCAUACAGGUGAGAAGCCAUACAAUUGCAAAACUUGUGGGGAAAAGUUCAGAUAUGCUUCUACCUUGGCUGGGCACAUUAACAGUGCACAUGAGAAGACACACAGGUGGCACUGUGAUACCAGGUUCAGUAAGAAACCUCUAACUCAAGCCCAUGUUACUCCCACAGGAGCCAAGUACCCCUGA